CGACACCCUAAUUUGGCUCACCAAUUUCGCAGAUUUAAACUCGCUCGCAUUAUUACAUACAGCAUACAUCCUGUAGUAUCAAGUUCGUCAAGUCAAUCUAAAUAUUUAAACUCACCUUAAAAUGUGCAAGUGUCUGGCCGGUAACGUAGCGUGCUGCUGUUUUAAUUGCGCACUUAGUGUGCUGAUAUCAAUCAUCAGCACUUUUCUAAUCGUGUUUAUUGUGGUUGGAUUGACUGUGUACUUUGUUUACUAUUACGAGAAGGAGGAUGAUGUGUCCAAGCUCAAAAACACGGUCACGGACAACUUCCAGUCAGGCCUUGACAAAAUAAAAGAUGCCCUAAGCAAGUAGUAGGCUACCAUAAAGUAUGUUAUGCUACCAACCACCUAAUACGGAGCCAAAAUUAUGAUAAUUUGCAAGCCUUUCCAAUAAUUACAAGUACAAAAUGUCCGUGUUCCAUUUAAAUAUUCCAAAAAGUCUAAAUACAAUAGAUAUAUACACAUAUGCACAUGUGUAUAACCUCAAAUAUUUACACAUUUUAAAUACAG